AUGAUACCGGCCAAGAGCAAUGGCGAACCGGCGAGGCACGAGGAGGGGCAGGGCCUGCUGGCAGGCAACUACGAGGAGGACGACCUAGGUACACAUGUCGGCAUCGACGCCAACGGCAGCGACGACAAGCUCGCGGCGACGCCCCAGAAGUCGCCGCGGACGCCGCACCGCGUGCAGUUUGACCUCACGCCCGAGGUGAUUGGCGCGGGCAACGGUUCGGCCGGCGGCAGGAUGUCGUACUCGUCGGACGAGGCGAGCCGGAGCUUCGACCUGGACAUCGCCGAGGGCGGCGGCCAGGGGGAGCGUCACCACCGCGUGCCGCUGCUGACGGACAUGGAGGCGCCGAGCGUGGCCGUGGCGAACGCGUGGGGCGACGGCGACGACGAGGGCGACGCCGCGGACGAGCUGCACGCCGAGAUGCGGCGGCCCAAGUCGGGCCUCAAGUCGGCGUUCAUGAACAUGGCCAACUCCAUCAUCGGCGCGGGCAUCAUCGGGCAGCCGUACGCGAUCCGGCAGGCGGGCCUCCUGGCGGGCAUCCUGCUGCUCGUGGGGCUGACCAUUGUGGUCGACUGGACCAUCUGCCUCAUCGUCAUCAACAGCAAGCUCAGCGGCACGAGCAGCUUCCAGGGAACCGUGGAGCACUGCUUCGGGCGCGCGGGGCUCAUCGCCAUCAGCAUCGCGCAGUGGGUCUUUGCGUUUGGCGGCAUGGUGGCCUUUGGCGUCAUCGUCGGCGACACGAUUCCGCACGUGCUGCUGGCGAUAUGGCCCGAGCUGGCCCAGGUGCCCGUCAUCGGGCUGCUGACGGACAGGAGGGUGGCCAUUGCGGUGUUUGUCAUGGGCGUGAGCUAUCCACUGACGCUGUACCGGGAUAUCGCAAAGCUGGCCAAGGCGAGCACGUUUGCGCUCAUCGGCAUGAUGGUCAUUGUGUCGACGGUCUUAAUACAGGGGGCGUUUGUUCCGUCCGAGUCGCGGGGCUCGUUUAGCGUUCCCCUGUUGACGAUAAACGGGGGCAUAUUCCAGGCUAUCGGCGUUAUAUCAUUUGCUUUUGUAUGCCAUCAUAACUCGCUGCUCAUCUACGGCUCGCUCCGCACACCGACAAUCGACAACUUCUCGCGAGUCACGCAUUACUCGACGGGCGUGUCCAUGCUGGCGUGCUUGGUCAUGGCGCUCGCGGGGUUCCUGACGUUUGGCGACAAGACGCUGGGCAACGUGCUCAACAACUUUCCCUCGGACAACAGCAUGGUCAACGUGGCGCGCCUCUUCUUCGGGCUCAACAUGCUGACGACGCUGCCGCUCGAGGCUUUCGUCUGCCGCGAGGUGAUGCUGACGUACUGGUACCCGGACGAGCCCUUCAACCUGCGGCGGCAUCUCAUCUUCAGCACGGCGCUCGUGGCCGGCGCGACGGGCAUCAGCCUGCUGACGUGCGACCUGGGCGUCGUGUUCGAGCUGGUGGGCGCGACGAGCGCCGUGGCCAUGGCGUACAUCCUGCCGCCCAUGUGCUACAUCAAGCUCACGACGCGGAGCUGGCGCACCUACAUGGCGUACGCGGUGGUGGUGUUUGGCGUUGCCGUCAUGGUCAUCAGCGUGAUACAGGCGGUUGGCAAGAUGAUAAACGGCUCCGAAGGCCCCGCGGCGUGUACAUGA